AUGGGUUCUCUAGUCGAGACCACGAGCAAAAAGCCCUGGGUGGAAACGCCAUUACAUGAAUCGCCAACUCUCUCUCGUGCCGCUGGCUGUCGGGUAUUCUUGAAGCUCGAGAAUCUCCAGCCAUCGGGAUCCUUCAAGUCUCGAGGCAUCGGCAAUUUGGUGCUGACCGAAGCCGCUUAUCACAAGGCCAUUGGCAGCACACGACCAUUGCAUUUCUUCUCCUGCUCCGCCGGCAAUGCAGGCCUUGCCGCCGUGUCCGCCACCAGUGCUCUAGGUUACGCCUCCACUGUUGUCGUGCCGGAGAACACCGAAGAGACGAUCAUUGAGAAAUUAAAGAUCAACGGGGCCAGCAAUGUCGUGGCGCAUGGUUCGACGCUAUUGCAAGCGGACCAAUAUCUGAAAGAGGUCAUGAUGCCCCUUGCCGAAGCAAAGGGUGAAAUCCCCGUGUAUGUGCCGCCGUUUGACAACGAAGCCAUAUGGGAAGGAGCCGCCACCAUGGUCGAGGAAAUCCAUCGACAGAUGCCUGAUGGCGAAAAGCCCGACGCCAUCGUUUGCUCUGUGGGCGGUGGAGGGCUGUUGUGCGGCAUCGCCAAUGGCAUGGACCGGGUCGGCUGGGGCAGCGAAGUUCAGGUGCUUGCCGUCGAGACCAAAGGCGCGGAUUCCCUUCAUCAGUCGUAUCUGGCUGGCCGGCUGGUCACCAUGUCUGGCAUCACCUCUAUUGCCACCUCGCUCGGUGUGGUCCGAGUGUGCCAAAAGGCGUUCGACCUCCUGUCCCGCAAGAAUGUCACCAGCCUCGCGCUCGAGGACGCCGAGGCCGCCAUGGGCUGUUGGCGUCUGGCCGACGACGAACGCAUGAUUGUCGAGCCGGCAUGUGGCGUGAGCGUUGCGCUGGCGUACGAUGGCCGACUCAAGAAGCUCCUGCGAGGAUUCAGUCCGGACAAAAAGGUCGUCAUUGUCGUCUGCGGCGGUAGUAAGGUCUCCGUCGACACCCUUGUCCAGUAUAAGGCACGCUAUGCCGCUCGGGCAAAGGAGUUGGCUGCAGUAUGGUCCGAUACGUCGGCCUAG